AUGUUCCAGACCACAUCUCACUUUCGGCAGCUGCGCCUAGCAAUCUGUCAGCCCCUCCAACAAUAUGCCGAUGUGCGUGCCACAAAGGUGACCCGAGGCACGCAGUCCCCGCUCCGCAACUGCAAAGCCGGAGAUCUCGACUGGGUGAUCGUCCGCGAGAACAGCGAAGGCGAGUAUGCUGGUCUCGGUGGCCGUUCACACACCAACCAAUCUUGGGAGCUCGCUACGGAAGUCUCCAUCUUCAUUCGUCACGGUGUAGAGAGGAUCAUCAGGUUUGCGUUUGAGGUUGCGAGGGGGAGGCCAAAGAAGCAUCUAACUGUUGUGACGAAGAGUAAUGCUCAGAGGAAUGGGAUAGUCAUGUGGGAUGCGGUUGCGAGCGAGGUGGCGAAGGAGUUUCCGGAUGUGGAGGUUGAUAAGAUGUUGGUGGAUGCCAUGACUGUGAGGAUGACGCUGAAGCCGGAGACUCUGGAGACUAUCGUUGCCACGAAUUUGAUAGGCCGGGAUGAAUUCGGAGCUGAGACGAAGCACGCCGACAUUCUGUCGGAUCUUGCAGCUGCCCUGGCAGGACCAACCAGCAACCUUGACCCAGCUCGCGCGAACCCGUCCAUGUUUGAACCUAUCCACGGUUCUGCAUUUGACAUUACGGGAAAGGGCAUUGCAAGCCCCGUUGCUACCUUCUGGACGGUCUGCGUUUGCGAGAAGGGGGUCAUGACGAGAGAUCUUGGAGGAUCGGCUACGACGGUAGAGAUGACGACUGCCGUGUGUGAGGCGAUCGAGACGAAGCUGGGGAAGGCGAGAUCGUGA